AUGACGGCCGCGCCGCUGCGGGAGGUCGUCAUCGGGACGCGCGACGGCAGUGACGCCAGCGACGCCUUCCCGGCGCUCUCGGGGUGGGCCGAUCACCUGCCGGACCCGCCGGCGCUGGCGGAGGUGGAGGCCUACGUGGCCUCCCUGCGCGUCCUUGUGGCGAACGGCGGUGCGCCCAUCGAGCCCACCGCCCUUCCGCUCGUCGACGCCCUCGUGGACCGCCUCGAUCAGGUGUACUACUGGGCCGUGGAGGAGGGCACGACGUUUCGCAAUGAACCGAGUCGGUUGGCCCAGUGCGAGGUGCCGGAGCUCACGCUCCUCUGCGCCGCGACACGGCGUCCUAAAAUCGUGCUGGCCGCCCUCCGCAUUAUGCGUCACCUCCUGCGCCACUGGCAGGCGGGACCGCAACUGCUGGCCGCCGCGACUAGGAACAACGAGGCGAAAGAAAUGUUAUCAACGCAGGCCAAAGAUGGCAAUUUGUUCGGCAUGCUUGCCUCCGUCAUGGGCCAACAUGCGGGCCUAAGUGAGUUGCAGGCCGAGGCUGCCGCCGUUGCGGCGGAGGCGGCGCUGUUAGACAUUGAGGGGCUGCUGGAGAGCGCGGUCAUUAGUCAUGUGCUGGCGGCGCUCGAGCGGCAUGGAACAAGCACCGCCAUGCAGCGAGAAGGGGUGUGGCUCUUUGCAGCCCUUGUCGACGUCCAGCGCGGCGGCACGCCAGGAAAGGAGGAGUAUGGUGCGGGGAAUGACACCGGGGCCCGAACCCCGACAGCAACUCUCUUGUCGCAGUUUGGCGUUGUGGUGCGUUUUGUGGUAGCCGUGGCGAAGGCGCACUCGGGCAAUGCUGAGGUGAAGCGCAAUGCGGUGCACUUCUUUCUCCGCUGUGCGUCCUACCCGGAGAAUCGAGACAUCCUUCUGCGGGAGGGUGUCUAUCCUGUUCUGGUGGGCGCUCUCCCCUCGGCGGUGCGCACCCCCCCGCUCUUUGCGGAAGUCACGGAGGCAAUCGCCCACUUUAUUCCCCUUUUGGACCCGCUGCAACGACGCAGCCUCGUCCUUGUGGUGCGUCGCCUGCUGCUCGAAACGGCGUCGUCGUCUUUCGUUUCACUCCUAGUGGCCCUUCUUCUGCGCCUGCUACGGGUGGCGCCACGGGGAGAACUCAGGCCGUGCCAUGACCGGCAGCCGGGGGGACCGCAGGAACCGGCGCCCAACGCAUGCGUGCGGGGUGACGCACUGACUCGCAGCGACACCAUUCGCUUAGGGGAGGGCGACAUCCGCGUUUUUAUGUCGGCGAACUUCAUUCCGCAGCUCUUGUGCUGUGCGGCCGACACCAUCGGCGAGGACGACGCGGUGCUGCGGCGGGUGGUGGCGGAGGCCGUGGGGCUGCUCUCCCCGUAUCCCUGGCGGUAG